AUGAAUAUCAAAAUAAAAGCCAGAAUAGAACAGGAUAUUAAAAUAAAAGUGGGUGGGCGGUGCAGUCCAGAGGUGGUCCAGGGUCAAGGGGCAGGCGUGGCCCUGGGUCGUGGGGCAGGCGUGGCCCUGGGUCGUGGGGCAGGCGUGGACCUGGGUCGUGGGGCAGGCGUGGACCUGGGUCGUGGGGCAGGCGUGGACCUGGGUCAUGGGGCAGGCGUGGACCUGGGUCGUGGGGCAGACGUGGAACUGGAUCGUGGGGCAGACGUGGAAUUGGAUCAUGGGGCAGAAGUGUACCAGGGUUGUGAGGCAGGCAUAGAUCUGGGCACACCUCGGCUUCCUCCUCGGUGUCCUCUGCCUCCUUCCUGUGUCCCGGUACUACCCCCCCUCAAAAAAAAACUUGGGGAAGCUACCGCUGACCAGGGUGGCGAUAGUCUUGACGGUGACUCGGGUGACUCGGGUGAAUCAGGCGAACCAGGUGACUCGGGUGAACCCGGCGAACCCGGCGACUCGGGUGAACCAGGCGAACCCGGCGACUCGGGUGAACCCGGCGAAUCAGGCGACUCGGGUGAACGCGGCGAAUCAGGCGGUUCGGGUAAGCCAGGGGAUUCAGGGUCUUGAGGAACACAGGAAACAAAAGAGCAGAAUGCAGACCACACACACCACAGGGCCAUUGCAAAUGCAGGAAGUGCAAUGUUCAUAAGACAUACCUCCGUAGCAGUCGGUUCAAGUGUGACAGCCAUUUUGUGUAGUGGCUCAGGUGCAGGUAGUGAUGGUCAUUUUCGAAGCACUGCUUCAUGAGGCUUCGAAACAUUUACGAAUCUUUUGUUUCGAAUCAGUGGUUUCGGAGC